AAAAAAAACUUCAGAAACUACUGUAUGGAAAAUAUCUAAUAACAAUAAUAAAUCAGGAUUAAGUAUGAUGUAAGACGUUACUGCGGUUAAGUGGCAGCGGAAAUUAUCCUGAUCCUAUCCAAGAUAGAUAUCGUGGUGGUCGACGAUUAAUCAAAACACGACACCGUUCACGAGGAGAACCGAUAUUCAAUUACCGCAAAAUUAUCCUUACAUACUGAGAUCGUUGAGACCUGCUAACUGUAUUCCAUAGAAGUUCCUUCUAUGAGUUAAGAUAACGAUCGAGAGAAGUGGAUUAAUAGGCAUAGUUCGUGUUGAUUAGAAAACAAUAAACUGCAAGAAUUAUUGUGAAAAUCAUAGUAUUUAAGUAAAGAAUUUCUUUCUUUCCGUAAUUAUACCGUACAAUUUCUUCUACGUAAUUUUUGAACGAAUUCUAUCAGAUAUUUACUUGAAAUCAACUCAAACACUUUACACAUAAUCAAGUCAAAUAAUUUCAUUUAUAUGAACAUCAAUAUAUCUAUGAAUAAAAAGUAUAAAAUAAGUAAAGUUAAACUUAAAAUUCAAGAAGAAAAGAAUCGGUAAUAGGUUUAUGCGGAUCGACAUGGGUACCCGGGCACCGUCGCCAACGAGAGGAAAGGACGAAGCACCGUAGGCUCCAGGGCAACCACGACGAGUCUCCGAAUCCAAUGUGCGCUCCAGCCCGAUCAAUAACACGGGGCGUGCACCACACCGAGCCACCCUCUUCCUUCUUGCCAGCCAGGGGUCCUCGUUUGGUACCCCGGCUGACCUUCGAAAUUACCGAUCUAUAUAUCUUUGGGAACAAGGAAUUUUCUUGUCAGAGACAACGCCCUCUUAGAUUCUGGAAACAUUGUUAUUCUAAGGGAAGAAUUUAUUUUGAAAGUAAGCACGACGCCACACGAUAUUCGAAGGGUCGAAUGCCGUUCGAGGACCGUUUCACUGUCGGCGACCCGUAUUUACGUACGAAGUGGCUGCCACUCGAUCCCGAAAUAAGUCCUCGCGCGCAGGCUGCGCACCCUAAUUCACUGGCCAGGCUGAUAUGCGCGUUAACGCCGCCAAUGGUUUUAAGCCCGAUGCUCGCACGCCUCGAAAUAGAGAUUAAAAAGCGACGCACGCAUGAGAAACAGGAGAAAAAUGACGAGCUGUGCGACGAUUAUCGGAGAUAUGCGCUUGACAAGUUCAAAAUCUCCGCCUUUUUCAGGUCAGAUAAAAACCAAUUUGCCAUUGGUUAUCGGAAGCAGGAAUAUUUUCGAACGCAUAGAUAAUUUUCCUGGGAACAUUGGUGGGAAUAUUUUUGAGUUAUGAAAGUGGAAAGUUGUUUAACACGUUCACCACGUAUAAGGUGUCUUGAAUUCGAGUUGUAAUAUAUUUUAAAGUACAGUCGAUCGCGAAAAUCUUUGUGUAUUAUCUCGCAAAAAUUCAUUUUUGUUAAUUAAAGUUUUUUGCGUGAAUUUUGCAUAGGUAAUAGAUUAUAUGCAGAGAUUGGAAUUUUUUUUUCUUUUUGAAAUAUAAUUUUGCCUGGAAAUAUUU